AUGGCUCUGAAUCCGACGUUUGAACCAGUGCUGUGUUUAUCCAGCAUAUCUACCAGGGGCCGGAUUCUCAAAGAGCCUCAGUUAAGACGCUUGGAAGCCUUAACCGUCCUGCUGUAUUUCCCUUAUAUAAGAGCGAAGAGUGGCGAUUUCCCGGCCGCCAAGCUAAAGGCUACUCUCUCCCCCUGCCUUCACCUAAGGCGCCUCAACUCGCACCAAUAUGGGCCUCCCAUCUGCCGUAAGGCUACCAGUUGCACAGCUACGGUUCUCGCCUCAGCUGGGGAUACGAUGAAGCUCACUUACCUGUUGCUGGCUCUGGCCGCCGCCCUCGUGAUAGCGGAAGCCAGCCCUCUGGCCGCUGCUGAAAAUGAGGAAGGGGAGAACGAGUUUCACGAAGGCAACGGCGAAAACGGGGAAGUGGGAGAAAACGGGAACGGAGAACGGGAAGAAGCCAACGGGGAGGAAGAGACGAACGGAGGAAAUGGAGAAAUGAAUGAAGCUGAGGCCGAGGCCGAGGAGGUGAAUGAAGCCGAGGCUGGAGAAAUGGAUGAAGCUAAUGAGGCUGAAGAGAUGAGUGAAAACAACAACGUAGAAGGAUCGACCGGAAAUGAGGCGUCAGGUGGCGUUGAAGGCCGCACUCGGGGCAACAACAGCCAACAGGGCAGCUCUCGCUUCCUCGGAGGAUCUCUCGAUUCUCUCCUCAACCUUGGACAGUCUGUCGUGGGAGGAUUUCUCGGUGGUCUCGGCAACCCCAACUUCGGAACCGGUCCUACAAGCCCAGGCUUCGGAGGCAGCCCCGUUGGUCCAGGCUUCGGAGGCAGCCCCGUCGGCCCAGGCUUCGGAGCAGCUUCGGAGGCCCCGUACGUCUGUUGCAAACCAGGCAGUUGCCCGCCCGUGCGUCCAACCUGCCCUCAGGUGAGGGAUUUCGCUCCACCCACGCCUUGUUCAAGCGAUUUCCAGUGCUUUGGUACCGAUAAGUGUUGCUACGACUCCUGCCUGCAGGAGACCGUCUGCAAGCCACCUCUGGGUAUCGGAGGCUUCGGUCGCUGA